GACCAUGCAGUGGUUACAUUAUUCUUUCUGUUAGAUUAAAGCACAAACGGUGUUUGGUUUUAGGGAUACCUGAGUUCAUCAGUCGAGGUGUCCAGGCUGUUUCUAAAUUCAAGUCCAUCGUCAACCAGAUUCACAACAACGAGCGUGCAAUUGAUUCCAAGCUACAGUCGAUAACUCUGUCCAACUUGCUGAAACUGCCAGUAUCUGAUAAAUCUAGAGACUUGCCAGAUAUCAAGGACUUCUGUGACUGCAUUGAGGGAGAGCAAACCAAGACUCUGAAUAUUCUCACUAAGAAUUAUUCUGACAUCAGUUUCCUCAUCAAUGAGACAGAAUAUGUGAUUAUGAAAACCAGAAGUGGCAAAGCCAAAUGCAUGGCUAGUUACUAUAAAUACUGGGAGUGCAAAGUGUUUGAUUCCCUGAUAGAGAUGCUCCAGAGGAGCAUUCAGACGUUCACCAAGGUGCUGAUGGGAAACACAGCUGUUUUCAAAGCAAACGUCGUCCUAUCUACUGGUAUUGUGUUAGAGCCACGAAGUGACGUCAUCAACAGGAUGAUCACGGGGUGCAUUGACAUGUGUGUAGAGAGCACCAAGCGUUUUCCACGUUGGAUGCAUGGGACCUGCAUCAACUGCCCCAUACAACUUGUGAAUGAUGAAGAGGGGUCUAAGAAAUUCACAUUCUUCUGUGAUGUGUCUAAGCAUCCUCAGAUAAAGCUAAGUCAUUUAAUGGUGUCCCAAAAGAUUGAGGAGCUGCUCCUCUCAGUGAGUCGCAACUUUGAGUACUGGAAACGCUACCAGUUUCUUUGGGAAAAGGACAGAUGUCUUGUGACUGGAGAGUUUGCAGCCAAAAAUCCAUCCUAUGCCAAGUAUGAUGAUGAGAUGAACGUCUUUGCUAUGGCUAAGCAAGAUGUGAAUCUGGAGCCUCGCUGCAAGACGGAGAGCAUGAUCCAUCUGAACCUAUCGCCACUGCUUAACACACUACAGGUGAUCGCAGAGUCCUGGAUCGAUUCACUUGGUUAUUUGCUCAACAAAUCUGCCAAAAAGAAUCUCUUCAACUUUAGAGAUGAACUCACGCAACUCUCUAAAAAGCUGAAGCAAAGCCCAGACACUGUGAACGACCUGAAGUCUGUUCUCAGCACCAUCUCAGACAUCAGGUACAUGUCUGUAGACAUGGAAAUAAGAAUCACUGAUAUCCAGGAGAGCUACAGAACCCUGGCCAUCUAUAAAGCUGAGGUUGGAGAAGAUGAAAAAGAGCUGGUGGCCAUUAUUGACCAGACAUGGAGUGACCUUUACACAGAAUCUAGACAAGUGGAUCAUAGUCUGAAAGAUGUCAAGAAGUCAUUUGCUGUGAUUACCAAAGAGAAGGUUGAAGAGUUCAGACAGAACGUGUCCAUCUUUGCUGAAAGCUUCAACCUGCAUGGUCCUGGAGCUGUGGGAGAAGAUUUGGAUAAAGGACUGAGCAUCAUGGACAAAUAUGAAAAAGACCUUGCCAAGAUUGUGGCUGAAUGGGAAGAGCUGACUAAUGCUGAAAAGCUGUUGGACCUGCCUGUCACUGUGUGCCCAGAGGUCACCAGGAUUCAGAAAGACAUGAGCGGCUUAAGACAGGCUUAUAAUGUGUAUGAAGCACAGAAGGAAGCAAAAGCAAGAUGGUCUGAAACACUGUGGGUAGAUUUGGACAUCCAGAUGUUACAGGACAACAUAGAAGGCUUCAUCAAAAGCCUGAGACAGCUGCCCAAAGAUGUGAGGGCUUUACCUGUUGCUUUUUUUCUGGACGAGAGUAUGAACGAGUUCAGAGAAUCACUGGCUCUUCUGCUAGACUUGAAGCACGAGGCACUCAGAGACAGGCACUGGGAGGAGCUGAUGGAAAGGACUGGCACCAGCUUUGAGAUAAACCCUGACAGCUUUACUCUGGAGAACAUGCUUGCUAUGGAACUGCAUAAAUAUGCAAACGUCAUCAGUGACAUUGUCACAUCUGCUAUAAAAGAGCUGAACAUCGAGACACAGUAAAAAAAUGACUGUGGAAUUUACAUAAAAACUUUGUAAAUGCACAACAGAAAUGUUAUGUAAACUGGAAAACAUGUAUUUUCUGUUGUAAUCACAUUAAAUGUUUGGAAAUGAUUAAACAAUAUG